AUGCACGACCUGCCCCCUGACUCGGGCGCGCGGCGGGGCUGGGCGGAUCGCGGCUGCCCUGCUGGAGCCCGGGCUCGGGGCCAGCCGCCUUCCGCCUGCGGCGCUGUGGACCGCGGAGCCAGCCCCCGAGACUGGGAGGAGGGAGGCCGGGGCCGCCCUUGGCAGCAGGUGUCCCCGCCCUGGUCGUCUCGGAGGGAGUCGUGGGGAGGCCGCCUGCGGACUCCUCCGAUGCGUCUGUCCUGCAGCAGAAGUCUCGAGAGCCUCCGGGUAGGUGCCAAGCCCACUCCCUUCCAGCGGUGGCCGAGCGACAGCUGUGUCAGGUGUGGCGCGCGCGGGGACCAGGACGAGCCCCCGCCACGUGGAGGCGGGAUGGACGGCUGGAGCGGAGGCAGCGCUCCGGCCGCGGCGCCUUUUGGCCUCCGGAGUCCCCGCUCCAAGGACCCUGGCCGUUCCCCGGGAGGCACUUUCAGGGAUCCUGCGGGGUCCCCUGUGAUAUGCAGCAAAGGAGACGACCAGGAGGGGCUCUCCUUCCUCAAGCCGCCCGCGGUGACAGUGAAGAAGCUGCAGAAGUGGAUGUACAAAGGACGCCUGCUGUCCCUGGGAAUGAAGGGUCGCGCCGGUGGGACACCCCCCAAAGUCACCGGAGCGCAGGGCACCUCUCCAAAUUUGGACGCUUUGAAAAUGCGUGAAAGCCAAGUCCUCUCGGUGCCUCCCGACGAAAGAAUUACGCUGACAGAUUUUUUUGAAAAUGUUUAUGGGUCUGCCAUGAAGAGAAGAGAACUUGAUAAUUUGAAGGGUAAUAUUGGAUUCAGAGAACAUAAGCCACUUACCAGCAUCACUGUGUCAAAGAAACGCAAUUGGCUAUAUCAGAGUCCUCUGAGAUCUCUUAAUUUGGAGGAAGAAGAAAGUAAGAAAUGCCAAGAUAUAAGCCAUUUAUCCAUCUCACCUGCUUCUCUACCUAAAUAUCAGCUAUCACAACCUUUCCUCAAAUCGUCAGAAGAAUAUUGCACAUGUGUGGUAUGUAAUGCUACAAAUUCUUCAUUAUCAAGAAACUGUUCUUUAGACUAUAAUGAGGAAAAUGAUGCAGAUGAUGAAGGGGAAAUAUGGUACAAUCCCAUUCCUGAGGAUGAUGACUUUGCUAUAUCAAGUGCUUUGAGUUUAGGGGAGGCAAACCCAACUGUUCUGAAGUUUCCUGCUGUCAGUUUGAGAGUAUUAUCCAGCAGUGACUUCCUGAAAGCAGAGCAGCAUCCUGAAGACUUGCUGUACUCUUCUGAACACAUAUGCAGUGUUCAGACCACACAGUCAAAUGAAACGAAGCCUGUAGAUUCUACCCAUUCCACAGAGUUUGUGCAGCAGUACAAGCAAAGGCUUGGACACAAGAUCCAAGACGGUAUAAUGGUGGACGACAGUCCCAUGUUGAAAUCUCCUUUUGCAGGUCCUGGGAUUCUAGCUGCUACAAAUAAGACUGAAUUGGGAGUUAUAGAAACAUCUUCUCCAAGCCCUAGCCCUGUGAAAAAAGGCAGUUCAAUUAAUUGGUCUUUCCCAGAUAAAAUAAAGUCUCCACGCACUGUGAGGAAACUUUCCAUGAAAAUGAAAAGGUUGCCAGAACUUAGCCGAAAACUGAGCGUUAAAGGAAACUUGAAUUAUGUAAACAGCCCGGAUAAUACUCCUUCCUUGUCUAAAUGUGACUGUCAAGAAAUUCACCAUACUGUUAUUCUACCUUCUGGGAACACAACCACAGCUGCUAAGAGGAAUGUUAUAAGUCGGUACCAUCUUGAUACUAGUGUGUCUUCUCAGCACAGCUACCAGAAGAAAAGCUCUAUGAGUUCUAAGUAUUCCUGCAAAGGUGGUUAUCUCAGCGAUGGAGAUUCACCUGAACUUAUAACCAAAUCUAGCAAACAUGGAUCUGAAAACAAAUUUGGAAAGGGAAAAGAAAUCAUUCCAAAUAGCUGUAGCAAGAAUGAAAUUGAUAUUGAUGCUUUUAGACAUUACAGCUUUUCUGAUCAACCUAAGUGCUCACAGUACAUAUCUGGGCUCAUGAGUGUGCAUUUCUACGGUGCUGAGGAUUUAAAACCGCCUCGGAUAGAUUCAAAGGAUGUCUUUUGUGCAAUUCAGGUAGAUUCAGUAAACAAAGCGAGAACUGCUUUGCUCACUUGUCGGACGACAUUUUUAGACAUGGAUCACACUUUCAACAUAGAAAUUGAAAACGCUCAGCAUUUGAAAUUAGUGGUAUUCAGUUGGGAACCCACUCCAAGGAAAAACAGAGUGUGUUGUCAUGGAACUGUUGUUCUCCCCACCUUAUUCAGAGUGACGAAGACACACCAGUUGGCUGUCAAACUUGAACCUAGAGGUCUUAUUUAUGUAAAAGUGACUCUUUUGGAACAGUGGGAGAAUUCUCUUCAUGGACUAGAUAUAAAUCGAGAAUCAGUCAUGUUUGGUGUUGAUAUUAGAAAAGUCGUAGAGAAAGAGAAUACAGGAUCAAUGGUGCCACUCCUGAUACAGAAAUGUAUUAUGGAAAUUGUCAAGAGAGGCUGUCAGGUAGUAGGCCUGUACCGAUUAUGUGGUUCGGCAGCAGUCAAGAAAGAACUUCGAGAGGCUUUUGAGAGGGAUAGCAAAGCUGUUGUUCUGUGUGAAAACCAGUACCCAGAUAUAAAUGUAAUAACAGGUGUUCUUAAGGAUUAUUUAAGAGAACUUCCUUCUCCACUGAUAACAAAGCAACUUUAUGAGGCUGUAUUAGGUGCAAUGGCAAAAAAUCCCCUGAAAAUGUCAUCAAACGGCUGUGAGAACGAUCCAGAUGACUCGAAGUACACCGUGGACCUGCUGGACUGCCUGCCUGAUGUUGAGAAGGCAACCCUAAAGAUGUUGUUGGAUCAUUUGAAAUUGGUGGCUUCUUACCAUGAAGUAAAUAAGAUGACCUGCCAGAAUUUGGCUGUGUGCUUUGGACCAGUAUUAUUAAGUCAGAGGCAAGAGACUUCCAACCAUAACAACAGAGUCUUUACUGAUUCAGAAGAACUUGCAAGUGCUUUGGAUUUUAAAAAACAUAUCGAAGUUCUUCAUUACUUACUUCAGCUCUGGCCAGUGCAACGUUUAACUGUCGAAGAAUCAACAGAGCAGAAGUCUUCUCUGAAUUACUUGAGGAAGAAGAAGGAACGACCUUACAUGUUAAAUUUGAGUGGUACUGAUUCAUCAAAAGUACUUAGGCCAAGGCAAACCAAGUUAGACAGUCCACUUAGCAAUCGUUAUGCAGGAGACUGGAGCAGCUGUGGAGAAAACUACUUUUUAAAUAUAAAAGAAAAUUUAAAUGAUGUGGAUUAUGAUGACGUCCCUUCAGAAGAUGGAGAGAAUUGCAACAAAAUGUAUGGACCUGAUAUAAUGAUUAAACAGCCAAUUCCCUUGUCCAAAGAAUGCACAUUUCAGACAUAUUUGACAAUGCAGACAAUUGAGUCUACAGUGGAUCGAAAGGUCAAUCUCAAAGAUCUGCAAGAAAGUAUUGAUACAUUGAUUGGAAAUCUGGAGCGUGAGCUCAACAAAAGCAAGCUUAGUAUGAGUGUUUGA